AUGGUCGUCACGCGGUUGCAUCACGCCAUUUAUACUCAUAGAGAGGUUUCCAACGAGGAGAUUAAGACGGAGGACAAGAUUGAGGCUGCAAUGAAGGAAGGAGUGGAGAUUAAGUAUUGUUGGGGAAUCACAUUGUUUCAUGUGGAUGAUUUUCCCUUUAAGCUCGAAGAAAUGACAACCAAUUAUGGAGGAUUCAAGGAGAAAGUGAAAGGGUUGAAGAUUAGGGAAACGAUUGCUGCUCUGGAUCAAUUAAAGGGUUUUCCUUCUCGUGGAGAUGUUGAGCAUGGAGAAGUUCCAUCAUUGGUUGAUCUUGGUCUUAACCCAGUUUUAACCAUGAGUCAGCAGAAUGGAAAAGGAGUUGUCAAUGGUUCUCUAAAUGGAGGAGAGACAGAGGCAUUGCAGAAGCUAACUAAGUUUGCUACUGAAUGCCGAGCACAACCACCAAGGGGAUCGAAAAAUGACAGUAUAUAUGGUGCAAACUUUUCCUGCAAAAUUUCCCCUUGGCUCACAAUGGGAUGCCUCUCUCCCCGUUCUAUGUUCGAUGAGCUAAAGAAGAACAUGUCAAGGACAAUCUCGGCUGCUUCAAGUGAAAAUGAUGACAGUGCUUCUGUUGGAACAAACUGUCUCAUGUAUGAGUUGAUAUGGAGGGACUUCUUUAGAUUCAUAACAAAGAAGUAUAGUUGUGCAAAACAAGUGAGUGGUGCACCGGUUGUGACUGCAUGCACUACAACAGCUUGAAGACUCGGAAAAUAGCAAAUUUCCCUCCAUGGAAGAAGAGAAAGCUUGGUUGUUUUGUAGUUGGUGCAAAAACAAUUAAAAUGAACAUUUUAUUCAUUGUGAACAUUUUGGUGCUCAAGAAGAGCCUUGCUGGUUUGUUAAUGAAUAAGCAGCCCUUAGAGCUUUUGUUAUUAAAA